AUGUCCAAUUCGGGCUCGGGCUUCUCCUCCUGGAGGAAGAGGGCGUCCAGCGUAUCCUCUUCGCAGGCAGACUUGGCGCGCACCGUCACCAAUGAGUCCCAAACGAGCUCUCAGCCCGUCGCCGUGCCCCCCGCCCUCUCUUCAUCGGUUGCUUCCAGCCAGGCGCACCGAGAACCUAUUCGGUCUUUCAUUCAUGGCGUAUCUCACGACAACUUAGCUCCGGUCGACAGUCUGCAGAACGCUCGCACAGUUCGCGAAGAUACUGCCGAAUUGGCCAACUACUUCCUCUCCGACGGCUCCCAGCGUAACAGGGCCUUGCUGCAACGUCCGCGAUCCUCUAUCCACGAUGUCUUCCAUCAUGAGGAUGACGCCGAUUCUGUUCCCGAUGUCCGGCGUGGCUCUCCUGCGAUACCGGAGGUCUCAGAGCCCGCAUCACCGGAUGAGAGCACCGAGCAUUUAGGCGACGAGGACACCCCCGGGCCGUCUGUGAUUGCCAACCUCCUAAAGCGGGCAUCCCCUCCGGAAUCAGACACCGAGACAACACCCAAGGCAGAUCGUGCCAAGUCCAUCGCGUCCGAGACGCUUCCCGCCGCCAGGAGCAGUGAAGCCGUCGGCUCUCCUAAAGCCUGGAACCAUAUCUCUGCGAUUGAGGAGCUCGUGAGCGAACGCACGCCGCUGCUUUCUGCUUCCUCUGACACUAGCUACGAAGCAGAGGCCAUUCUCGAAGGCCAGGAGCGGCCCGCGAAGCGCAAUUGGUUUGGCAAGGUUCGCGAACAGUCUCAAGAGGUCAAGUUCGGCUUUAUUCACGGCGUCAAAGUCGCAACAAACCCCACCCGGUGGAACAGCAAGGCUAUGGCGCAACACGUUCUCCUAGAACCGCUGUCUUGCCUACCCGCUGUCGCAGUCGGCCUUCUUCUCAACAUCCUCGAUGCUCUGUCAUACGGCAUGAUUCUCUUUCCUCUCGGCACCCCCCUAUUCUCUCAUUUGGGAUCUGCCGGAAUCUCUAUUUACUACGUGAGCACCAUCGUCUCUCAGUUGGUUUUCUCAACCGGCAGCAUCUUCAAGGGGGCAGUCGGCUCGGAGCUGAUCGAGGUCGUCCCAUUCUUCCACAACAUGGCACAGAAGAUCCUAGACGUCGUGGGCGAGGACAACCCGGAUGCUGUUAUCGCGACGACAAUCGUUGCCUAUGCUACCAGCUCUCUCGUGACUGGCCUAGUCUUUUAUCUGAUGGGCAAGUUCAAGUUCGGCUUCAUGGUCGGCUUUAUCCCCCGUCACAUAUUGAUUGGCUGCAUCGGCGGUGUUGGCUACUUCCUCAUUUCCACCGGACUCGAAGUUUCGGCACGCCUAGAUGGGAAUAUCAAGUACGAUCUCGACACCUUUAAGCAACUUACUCAACCUGAGACGAUACUGCUUUGGAUCUUCCCACUGGUCCUGGCCGUAGUCUUGUUCUACGGCCAGAUGAAGGGCGCUUCAAAGUACUUCUUGCCACUCUUCAUCCUCGCUAUCCCUCUGGUAUUUUUCAUCUUUGUCACCGCCAUCGAUGCCCUUGAGGUGGAUGAUCUUCGUGAUCGAGGUUGGAUUUUCCAAGGGCCACCACCAGGUGAGCCUUGGUGGUACUUCUACACCCUUUACAAGUUCAAUCUUGUUCGCUGGGAUGCUAUUAUACAGGUCAUUCCUGCCAUGCUUGCUUUGACAUUUUUCGGCGUUCUCCAUGUCCCCAUCAAUGUUCCUGCUUUGGCAUUGAACACCGGCGAGGACAACGCCGAUCUGGAUAGAGAGUUAAAGCUUCACGGAUACUCCAACUUUCUAUCCGGUUGCCUGGGCAGCAUCCAAAACUACCUAGUCUACGCCAACACCGUUUUCGUGAUCCGGUCUGGUGGCAAUCGUCGGCUGGCCGGAUACAUGUUGGCAGCGCUGACAUUUGCUGUCAUGGUAAUUGGGCCUGGCAUGAUGGGCUAUAUCCCUGUCAUGAUGGUCGGUACUCUAAUUUUUGAUCUGGGCUUUGAGCUGUUGCUGGAAGCAGUGUGGCUCCCUCGCAAAAAGUUGAAGCUCGCGGAGUAUCUGACAGUUAUUAUUAUUGUCUUGGUAAUGGGUACCUACGACUUUGUUGUGGGUAUUGGCGUCGGUAUCGUUCUCGCGUUCGCCUCGCUUGUCAUUCAAACUUCUAGAGUGUCUGCUAUCCGUGCCACUUUCGACGGUGAUGUCGUCUCUUCUACUGUGCGGCGCAAUCCAUCUCAGCAUCACUACCUCAACCAUGUCGGCCAGCAAACCUACAUCAUCAAGCUUACUGGAUAUCUGUUCUUUGGCACGAUUGUGAGUGUUGAGGAGAAGAUCAGAGGUCUUCUCGAUGAUGCUACUUUCGAAAGUCGCCCCAUCAAGUUCUUGGUCCUCGACUUGUGGCAUGUUAGUGACCUGGACUAUUCUGCUGGCGAAGCUUUCAACACCAUCAGCAGACUGUUGGACAAGAGAGGGGUUCUGUUGAUUCUCAGCGGAGUAGAUGCUUCCUCUCAACUCGGUAGAAACCUUCGCGCGGUUGGCAUUGGUAGUGGCAAGAUUGAAGUUGUCAUGCUGCCUGACCUCAACUCGGCGCUGGAGUUUUGCGAAAACGAAUUUCUCAAGACCCUGUAUGCCAGACAGGAAGCUAUUAACUCUAACGAGCGCGUGCCUACGGCAAAUCUCGAUGUACCAACUGGAACGACAUCGCAGCUCUCAUCGUUUGAUCCGCCGUUCAACUCGCCUCGCCAGACGCACCUGGUCCAAGCCGCCCACCAAGCGCUCAACACAACCGAGACACAGCGCUCGCCGAGGUGGCAGAGCUUUAACGAACCUCUGCGCAUCAUGCUGCAGAUCUUCCAGGGCCUGAGCGAUAAGAACGAGGACUUUUGGUUCCCGGCGACACGCUUCUUCCAGCGCCGCGAGUACAUGGCCGGCACGACGCUCUUCUGCCGGGGCGAGGCCGCGACCGGCUUCUACCUGCUAGAGCGGGGCAUCCUACGCGCCGAGUACGACCUGCCGCAGGGCUGGCUGUGCGAGAACAUCGUGGCCGGCACCACGUGCGGCGAGCUGCCCUUCUUCUCGGAGACAAGCCGCACCGCCACGGUCACAGUGGAGCGCGACUGCGUCGCCUGGCUCAUGAGCCGCGAGGCGUGGGAACAACUGCAGCGGGAGCGGCCGGACAUUGCGGGCGAGCUGCUACGCAUCUCGCUUAAGCUGACGACGGAGCGGAUGAGUUCGAUUACGUCGUACAUCUUGACCACGGCUGGGUAG